AAAGCGUGAUUCAUUUUUACAUCGAAGAUUUUUUUAAACGUAUAAUUUAGACUUUUCACUAUUUUGAAAGCUUUGUUAUGAAUAUUUAAGAAAAGAGAUUAGACAUUAAACAACACCUGUAGCCGUUGGUCUGAUUGGUCCUGAGGCGCUGAAGAGAGAAUCUUAAAUUGGCGCCGAUUCUCCGCCCCACCGAUCACGCGCUCAUCUAAUCCAGCGGGACCAUAGCACGAGUUCAAGCUCAAUCCAAUAAAUCUGGCUACUUUAAUCUCUUAAACAGGCUGAGGAGGUUUGAUCCAUUUAACCUCAAUCUUCUACGUUCAUUAUUUGAUCUGUGAGGGACGAAUGUACCUUGUUCGACUGAACGAGAAAUGAAUUCAUUAUUAAGGGAACGUUUCUCAAGGAAUUUGUCCUUUCCUCCCACCACACUGAAACUGAUGUCUUUGGAGGAGGCAAAUUUUAGCUGUCGCUUCAGUGAGGAAUUCAAAUAUAUCCUACUACCUGUGUCAUACUCAUUGGUGUGUUUCCUGGGACUGGCACUAAACUCUGUGGCACUGUGGAUGUUCAUUACUAAGAUGAGGCCCUGGAACACCUGUACAGUGUAUAUGUUUCAUCUGGCUCUGUCAGACACACUCUAUGUGCUCUCCUUGCCAAUGCUCAUAUAUUACUAUGCAAACCGCAACCAUUGGCUAUUUGGUGUUUUCCUCUGUAAGGUUGUGCGCUUCCUUUUCUAUGCCAACUUGUACUGCAGCAUCCUUUUCCUCACUUGCAUCAGUGUGCACCGCUAUCUUGGCAUCUGUCACCCCAUUCGCACUCUCACUUUGGUGAAGCCACGCCAUGCCCACUUGGUCUGUAUUUUGGUCUGGAUAGCAGUCAUAGCCUGCUUGGUGCCCAAGCUGAUUUUCGUCACUAUUUCUCAGAGGGACAAUGACACUUUGUGUCAUGACACCAGUGGCCCGGGAGACUUUAACAGCUAUGUUACUUACAACUCGGUGGUAAUGGUGCUGCUGUUUAUUCUGCCCUUUCUGGUCAUCAUGAUUUGCUACUGUUUAAUGGCACGGGCCCUGUGCCAACCCAGAACGGGCCUGGCCCAAAGUCAACAGAGUGCUUCAUCCCGGAAGAAGUCCGUUAAACUUAUCAUAGUGGUGCUGAUUGUGUUUGCAAUCUGCUUUGUACCCUUCCAUAUCACCCGUUCCCUCUACUAUGCCUACCGUAUUCUAGACGCUAACUGUAAGUCCCUUAAUAUUGUCAACUUUGCUUAUAAAAUCACUCGUCCGCUUGCCAGCAUGAACAGCUGUUUGGACCCCAUCCUCUACUUCCUGGCGGGGGAUCAUUACCGCUCGAAACUCAUCAGAGUGUUCACGAGACAAAUGGCCAACACCCGAUCCACUGCGUAUGUGCACUCACCUCCUAAGAACAAUAUCGUACUGGUCUUUAAGAACCCAGAUGCCCAAGCCAACAAUGAAUCUAAACUGUAGUCAUGGAUUUGGGGUAUUUUUUUUUACAUGAUAUCCUUGAAGGCUGCCUCAAAAGAUUUUAGAGACCCCAUGUGUUCAGUGGCGACAGCCGUAUCUCUUGAAGCACUGAUACAUAAAUCUGAAAGAAGUCUGGACGGCGUUGUUGUAAACACUAAGGUGUAGAUGAAAGUAAAGGAGUUUCUCUGGAGAAGUGAUGUGGUUUGCUUUCUUUGUGUACUCCUAAUGUUUUUGCCAUCAAGUAUUAUCACUGGUAAUGUAAUGCAGCAACAGUGCAGCUCAUUUUAUAAAAGUACUGAUGGCCAGUUCACUCCUAUGGAUACCUUCAUCUGCUGAAACUGCUCACUGUUGGUCAAGGACAUAACAUGGCAGUGUGGAGCUACUGUCAAGACCAAAAACAAAACCCACUCUACAUGCCAGAGAUGGACUCUGGCCUGUGACUACUACUACAAAAAUGGUAACACAAUGCCUCUGUUUUCUAUUAUGUCUGAAGUUCCUGUUGAUGAAAAUGAAGGCUUGAAAUCCUCCUGUGAGAGAACUCAACUGUAGUUCCAUAAUUUUUCAUGAAUAAUUAUAAUGAUUCUUCUACCAAUUCCAAAAGAAUACCUACUUUACCACUUAUUUUUUUAUUUUUUCCUGAAUACUGGAAACAUUAUAAUUCAUAUAAAAUGAGGUAAGAUGCAAUGGAAAGUUCCAGUUAUUUGAACCUGAGAGACAACAUGAGAUACUGUGAUUGAAAAGGUGAAUGGUUGUGAGGGAGGCUGUAAAGUCAAAAAGCACAACUGCAGUUCUGCAGAUAUCCCCUCUUGGCUGCUUCAGCUGUUUUUGUCAUUUGGCAGAGGAACUGUUCAGCUGUGUAGCUGUACAUGUGUGUGAGCCAGUAUCAUAGUCAGUUGCUUAAUAAGAAAACAGUUGAACUAUUAAAAUAUAAAAUUACAUGUUCUCAAUUAUUAAAUCAACAUCUAUAGAAAGAAAGAAAUAUAAAUAUUUUUAUUUUAGUAAUUUGUGGCUCUUACAAGUGGAAAUUACUGUAAUUUGAAUCUGACCAUUUAGAAAUUAUCCAUUAGAUGGAAAAUGCAUUUAUAAGUAAUUGCUUUGACACAAGAUAAAUUAUACACUCAUAUUUAAUAUGAUUUAAACCAAUGGUUGUUCAAAUCCACAUUGCAUUUUCUAUUAGAAAUGGGUUUAUAAUGCAAUAUUGUUUGUGGUUCAUAAAAUGUAGAGUUCAAAAGUGUUUGUGCUAAUUUAAAAGUUAAAAAUUGAAGUUUAGAGUGUUUUUCUUUUAUCUUUUCAAAUGCUGAGUUCAUCAUCUUGGAGCAUCCUGUUGUUAACAGUGGUUUUCUAAGAUUCUUUUUUUUUAAUGUUUUGAAAAGCAGCACAUGGAAGGAUGUUCUGGGGUCUCUCAUGGAAAGGCGCUUCAUUUUUUCUUUUGGUCAGUAGAUGUCCCCAGUAGCAUUUUACAUUUUAAUGAUGAGAGCAUGGACAUCAUACCCUCAUCUGCCUGAACUCUCUAGCUAAUGGCUUUUUGACUUUAAUAAAUAGACCUGUUGGCUGCUUCUCUUGUUGUGGGAGAAAAGAUGGGUUGUUUGGGUCAUGAAUAGUUAAAGACACAAAAAUAACUUCCCGUCUUUUUUUUAACAGCCCACUAAAAUAACCCUGAAUGUUUGAAUUGCAUCAAGUCAGUCAAGGCUUAUGCACAAUACAGAUAUGUAAAUACACAAUAAAACUAUUCAUAUGGCCACUGAACUAUUACUUAUAAGUUAAGGGACUGUGUUUAAUAUGGAAAACUUCAAAACAAUUGUUAUAUUAGUGUUUCAUUAAAAGCUACACACAAACAACUAUCAAGUGCAGAUAAUUAAUUGCCACCACAGUUGGUGUUUUUUGAUUGUUGCCUAUGUGAGAAAGUCAUAUUUUUGUAUGUUUUUACAGUCAAAUAUUAUGCCCAAUAUCUAACACAUUAUAAUUUCAUUAUAAAGAAUAGAUAGUUUCAUAUGUAUUUUUCAUUGAUCAUCCUGAUCCUUCCUCCACAUAUGUUUCCCUCCCCCUCCCUCUCUCUGUGUUACUGUACUCCUACCCUCACAUCCUUGUGCUGAGAGCCACAGGGCCCAAGGACAGGGGGUGGGAGUCCCUGAUAAAGAAAUAAUGCCAUGAUCACUGCACUGCAUAACAAUACUUAUACGAGACAUCUAGCAGUAAAGAAUAAGAAAUUUACUCACUGCCUGUGAAGCCUGAUUUUUCCCAACAGUAGCAAUAAGUAACCAUUAUAUGUAUUAUUUUGUGUUGUACAUUGAGGUAACAAGGACUGUAACACUGAACAGAAUCAAUUUCUUUUGCUCAAGAAGCACUGUUUGCAAUUGAAUUGUUUUCGGUCUUUUUUUGUUUUUUUAACCAGCCAGUAGACGUUUUUGAAAGAACUUGUUAUAAUGUUUUCUGAAUGUAGAAUGAUAAUAACAAGUGUCCUAACCCUAACUACUUCAUUAUUAACAUUAAACAAUAAUAUAUAUUUUUCUUAUACUAGAAAAAAGAAAAAAAGUUUCUUCUGUAGAUGCUUAAUGCAAAUGUUUUUUUGUUUUUUUGUGUAUAACAUGUUGCUCUGUCCAUAACUGUUUGUCAAGAAUAUUUUCUCCACUGUAAGUGGCUUUUAAAAAUGUAGUAUAAUUUUACUAUACUCAGUUUAUAUAAUAUUUAUAAAGCAACAUUUUAACAUUUUAUAUAUAAAAUUAAAACAUUUCCUUCAAACUGGUUUUAAUUAGAACUAUUAAAACUUUAUUUAAUAUACUCAAUUUAUAUAUAUAUAUAUAUAUA